GGCACUCCUGUGACCCGGAAGUCUCGAACGCUUUGCCCAUCAUCGGAGACAGCCGGUAGCUCUGUGGCAGACAUCACCGACUUUACGGGCGAGCGAGCGCCCGCCGUCAAGUUCCUUCCUAAAAUGGCAACAUCAGUGGACAUACUAGGCGUUUCACUGUGGGAUGACCCCAGACUACGGACUGGAGUGAUGCAAGAACCGCGAUUUUCCAGGCCGCUGCUUGGGACCUCUCUGCAACUUCGAAAAGUAACGGCUCCGGACUACGUGCAACUGAUCGAGGAGGAAUGCUUGCGCUGCUGAUUCGCACGGUAUCGUCGAGGUAUUGCGCCAUUUGAUGGGACACUAGUGCCGACGAACACGCGUCCUCCGAGUGUCUUGGACCGAAGCGAACAGGAUCACGAAACUCAGUCUCGAGCCCCAUUGUCGCCCCUAGACAUUUGCAAACUUUUUUUUCGUCGUCGCCCGAGCCGCUUGCGUUCCUCAUGUCGUUCAUAGUAAUUCAUGCGGCCACUUU